AUGCGCGAACUGGACCCUCUCAUCUCAGAAUACCGACAUGAAAAAUCACGCCCGCGCGAAUCAGAAGCCCUCUUCAUGUUGCGUAAAGUGGCCUCCAUCGUCAAGCCGAUCAUGCGCCAGCGCUCUUGGAGGGUGGGUGCUUUAUGCGAGUUUUAUCCACGCCAAGGCAAUCUCCUAGGACUGAAUGUCAACGGUGGCCAGAAGAUUUGCCUGAGGCUACGGUAUGCUUCUGAUCAAAAGCAAUUCCUUCCCUUUGAACAGAUUGUGGAUACGAUGCUGCACGAAUUGUCUCACAUUGUUCAUGGACCCCAUAACCGAGAUUUUCAUGCUCUGUGGAACCAGCUCCGUGAUGAACAUGAGGAACUUGUGAUCAAGGGUUACACAGGGGAAGGUUUCCUUUCCCAAGGUAAACGCCUUGGCGGCUCCAGAAUCCCCCUGGAUGAAGCUCGCCGACAAGCCCGCGCUACUGCUGAAAAGCGGCGAACACUCUCCAAGAACUCGGGUAAGAGGCUUGGGGGCGCUCCGUUGCUUCGUGGAACAGAUAUGCGCAAGGUUCGAGCGGAUGCCGCCCAGCGUCGUCUCGAGGUAAUGAAUGGGUGUGCCUCCGGAACAGACCGAGAAGCCGAGCUCUUGGAGGAGGAAUCCAGAAAUGGAUUUAGAACACAGGCAGAAGAGGACGAUGCAAACGACGAAGCAAUUCUGCAAGCCUUUAUUGAGCUGAUCCAGGAGGAGGAACGUGAAAAAUAUGGGUCUUCUUAUGUGCCUCCGAGCCAAGAGAAUCCGGCAGGACCUCGAACAGAGGCAUCGCCGUCUAAACUGUCUGUCAAAGAUACAGAGAAGUCUUUACCAGUUAAGCGACCACCCGCUAUUCCAUUCAGCUCGUCCCGUGCCAACAAUAGUUCAUACGACGCUCCAUGGAUAUGCCCGAUGUGUACAUUGGAGAAUCCGUCCAACUUUCUAUGCUGUGAUGUCUGUGCUGCCGAAAGACCGACUCCUUCAAAUACCAAGGCCAAGGGUCCAUCAAGACAAACAUCUACCAAGAGUGCUAAUACAGAACCCCAAAACCAGAAGAAGCGUGCCCUGGGAGAUAAUAUUGAGGUGAAAAAAGACCCUCCCCGGGAUGCCUUCAAAUUCAAAAACCGCACCCGCGCCUUGGAUACCCUGUCAUCGCUAGAUCGAGAUGCCAACAAACGACCACUAGGAUGGGUCUGCUCAUGUGGUACUUUUAUGGAGACUCAAUGGUGGACAUGUUCAUUAUGUGGAUCAAUGAAGCCAUCUUCUUGA